CUUAGAGCAUCCUACUGUUACAUCAAAUUACAGGAAAUGCCCGCAUCCCGGAAAGUUCAAACACCUUCUCGAGUCCAUUAUGAUGAUUAUCAUUUCUUGAUUAUGUGCCUUUCAGCUGCUGCUGCUAGAGCUAGUGGACCAAAGCUCCAAGCAAAAGAAGUCAUCAUCAUCAUCACCUCUUUCAUGGAGGUAGGAGGAGGAGGACCGACAUCGUCUUCAUCACCGUGGAGGAGCCCGACCCCGACCUAUAGUUAUAGUAGGCCUUCACCUACUUCCUACUGGGAGAGGCUGGCUGCCAUCGGGCUCGCCCUCUUGGCUGUCCUAUCACCCCUCUUCAUCGACCGGAGGCCUGCUGCUGACCCGGAGGAUGAAGAACUAUUCGGUCUCUCGGCAUGGCUGAUCCCCUUACUGCUGCUGGGCCUUAUGAUCGCCAUUGCCGCUUCACUCUACCUGGACCGCAGCCUAACACGGUUUGACCCAUACUGGAUCCACAGGGUUGGGGGAUCCUCGGGUGGGAUCAUCAUCAUCCUCAUCGUGCUAGCCCUUGUCUUGAAGUGUAAGACCUGUGUGACUUGCUGGGAAGCUUGACUAGGGAGCAAAGGAUUAAUUCUGUUACCUUUUCAGUGUGACAUGGAACGGCUGUAUAGGUAACAUCGAUCUUUCUCAUGCUCGGCAGUGAUGAAACUUUCUUUUCCCUUUCUUGUAGCUGGAUGACUUGAACUGAAUCAAGUCAGGAUAACCUGAUCUGUGAAAGCUCGAACUCGUAUUGAAAAACUGAUGGAUGGGACCAAAUAGGAAUUUCAAAGAACUCGAGCCGAAGAGAUGCACACCAUUGCGAUGAAUGGAAUUUUCCUUUUUCUUCCCCCAAUCUGAUGAUAGCAUGGUUGAAUGUUCUCAACUA